GCCCAGGGCCGGACAGCCCCGGUCCCGCCGGGCUCGGCUGGGACCCGCCUCUGGUGGCUGCCACCGGCGGGCCCGGGGCUGCGGGGCAGAGGGAGUGGUGCAGAGGGGUAUCUGUGUGUCCCGUGGAGUGAGGAGGGGCACACAGGGCUGGGACCAGCCGGCAGGCAUGGUGGGUUACGACCCCGAAGCCAAAUGCGUGUCCACGGCAGAAGCGGCUGCAGCAGGAUCAGCGUCUGGCUUCGUCACUCGGGUUCUUGUCAGCCCCUUGGAUGUCCUCAAGAUCCGCUUUCAGCUGCAGAUUGAGCAGCUCUCCUCCAGAAAUCCUACGGCCAAGUACCACGGCAUCCUGCAAGCUGUGCAGCGCAUCUUCCGGGAGGAGGGCGUGACAGCCUUCUGGAAGGGCCAUGUUCCCGCUCAGUUCCUUUCCGUCGGCUUCGGAGCUGUUCAGUUCAUGGCAUUCGAGAGUCUGACAGAACUGGUGCACAACGUCACCUCCUUCAACGCCCGCGACUCCUUCGUGCACCUUGUGUGCGGGGGCCUGGCUGCCUGCACGGCCACGGUCGCAGUCCAGCCUGUGGACACGCUGCGCACGCGCUUUGCUGCCCAGGGUGAGCCAAAGAUCUACCCCAACCUUCGCCAUGCAGUGGUGACCAUGUACCAGACAGAAGGGCCUCGGACUUUCUACAGAGGUUUGACCCCCACACUCGUUGCUAUCUUCCCAUACGCUGGGCUCCAGUUCUUCUUCUACAACAUCCUGCAGCAGUUUUCCAAAUGGGUGAUUCCAGCUGAAGCAAAGAAUGGAGCCAGUGUUAAAAGCCUUGUCUGUGGCAGCUGUGCUGGAGUCAUCAGCAAAAGCCUCACGUACCCUUUGGAUGUGGUCAAAAAGCGACUGCAAGUGGGUGGCUUUGAGCACGCUCGGGCAGCCUUUGGGCAGGUACGGACGUAUGGGGGUCUCCUGGACUGCAUGAGGCAGAUCAUGCGAGAGGAGGGCCCAGGUGGGUUCUUUAAGGGCCUCUCCCCCAGCUUGCUGAAGGCUGCCUUCUCCACCGGCCUCAUCUUCUUCUGGUACGAGCUCUUCUGCGGCCUCCUGUGCGCCAUGAAGAGCCCGGAGAGCACAAAGAGGAAGGAAAGCUGAAAGGGAACGUGUGUGGCUGCCUGCUGUUCUCCUCAGGAGGGGAGACUGAUGGCCCUGCUCUGUCACCAGUGUGUUGGAAAUGUCAGAGCUCCGAGAGCUCCCCUGGCCUGUGGGGAAUCACUUCCUGCGACCAAGCAAAAGGAGAAGGCGACUGCAGUUCUGCUGGAGACACUGAACUGCUUGGCUGCGAGCCGUUCAACACAGCACUUUUCUUCUCUCUCCUCUCAUAUCAGUACACGUUUAGUGGGGAGAGGGGGAACCAACAGACCACUCCCUUAGCAAUGCCUGUGUUCUGAAAAGGCACCCAAUAAAGUGGGUGAAUCCCUGAGCUCGCCCUGGAUCCCAGAGAGGGGAUUCUGGCCCAGCCUAGUGCUGCUUAACCAACCAAACACCACUUCCUAGCACUGCAUCUGCACAGCUUUAUUCCUUUGCUCUUUCUUCCCUGCUCUGGUGCCUGCUGUUUGCACCAGAUUCUUGUCUCGGUGUGGCGCAGGUCACUCCGUCCUGCUGGUGUGAAGUCAGGUAAAGCCACGUUAGUGCACAGACCCUCGGUUUUCCUUUCCUUUGCUGCCAGCUGCUGCUUCUUGGUCACCACUUGCUGGCUGAGCAUUCUCUGUCAUCUUAAACACAGCAUGUUCUUUGAUCGUGCUGGACCAGACUUGUUCUUCCUUUAACUCCAGUGAGCUUGAUGGCAUGCUGAAUUCCCAUUUCUCUACCUGGCUGUCUGGCCAUACGUCUCUUAGGGAUUUGCAGUGCCUCACUCACACUUUUUACAAGCAAACCUACACAUUAACAGCCCCAUUCUGAGGGGAUUCAAUGCACAAACCCAAUUUUUACUUCAGGGUUCUUUGCUUCAAAGCAGUGAGCAAACAAAUGCUGUAUAGAGUUAAGAAAUUGUUAUUCUUGAAAGAAUUAUUAUUAAGUUGGAAUGAUGACGGGAAAGUCCUGUGGAAACUGGUAAUUUUUUUAAUCAUUAUUUAUUUAAUAGCACCUUUGAAUGUGUCUAACAAGUGUUUCUGUAGUGGCCUCAAAAUAUUUCAGAACCUCAGUCCCGCACUGGUGCUAGCAGAUGAAAAUGUUUUGACAAGAUUUGCUGAAGUGAAAGGAAUGAACAUCAAAUGGGAAUUGGUUGGCUGAGCGUGGUGUUUCACAUGGGUGAUUGAAUUAGAGAUGGAAAAGUGUUUUCCUGGAGUUUUGAAGGUUUUAUGAAUGGUUAAAAAAACCAACAAAAUAACCUCCCAACAACUCUGAUUUAUGUAACAGUGGAAAAGAGGAAAAUUACUUUCUUCCUCCUCUUCUAUUCUGUGUUUUUUCAAGCCUUGCAGGGUGUGGCUCGACUGUGUGGAAGACAGAGUUCCCAGGCCUGCUGUACAAAAGCAGUUAGUCAUCUGCAAGGGGUGGAUAAGGCAGAGCACUGCAGUUAUUUGGAGGAUGGUUUGGCCGUUCUUAACACAGAGCUUUUCCCAGCUUUUUUGCAGUAUUCAGGGUGUUAAUCCCAAAUGGUCUGGCCAAAUUCCAGCGUGACCAAUUCCAUUCCAUUGACGCAACUUCUGGCAAUUUUGAGCGUAUCAGCAUUGCUCACUUAUCCUGAGCUGUUGUGAGAGGCUGUUUUUAAAAAACAGCUGUUUCACUAGUGGCUGAGGUAUCUGGAGAAAUUCCUUGCAAGCCCAGGCUGAAUAACUUUGUGUCUGUUUUAGGUUUGAGAUCUGGGAGUACAAAAUAGCCUGCAGGUGACUGAGCUGCAUAAAAUUAAGCUCAUUGAGCAGUAUCAGUGUCAGGCAGGAGGCCAAUAUGUGAGUCUUAAAAAGGGAGAGAGAGCUGCAUAUACCCUAAAAAUGGCUGUUUCGUUUAGAGCAGAAAAUGUGGAGUUUCUCCAAAUGCCUCAAUCCUAUUGGUAUUUUCCUGUGUUAUUUAGGCUCUUCAAAGAUUCCUCAAAAUAUUCUUAACCUUUAGCCUUUGUUUGUUGUUCACCUGUUGUUCUCGGAAAGACAUGAUAAGGAGUAAUGAACUCAGCCUCAUGACAUCCUUCUGAUGGAGAGAAAUGCCUCUUUUCAGAACAGACACAAACAGGUUGGCUUUGGUACUGUCUUUUGUUGCUGGUGAGAGGAAUGCCGUCAUGGUUAGCAGGGACAGACCAGAGCAGAAAAUGUUCAGUGCUGACCUAGGCUUCCUUAGGAAAUGGGGACUCAUCCAUCCUGUCUAAACAUUGCAAGACUUGUCUUCCAUUUUUUGUCAAAGAGCUGCUGUUAAACCACACAAAAUAGGGGGAAACUGGUUGGAAACUCAGCAGCAGGAAAGAACAGGAAGAUCUGUGCUCUGUUAAGAUGAUGUUCCUCAGGGGUGCUGUGGAGGUUGGGGUGAUGCUGACAUGGGCAGUGGCUGCUCCACAGAGAGGGCAGCAUUGGAGAGUAUGGAGCAGCUUUUCCUCUCUGGGGUCAUUUUUUCCUCCACUCUGCCUUAACUGAGCUUGCCUCCAACCAGCAGAUGGCAAAGCCAGAGUUUAAGUUGUGCCUGUCUAACCCAGGCUGUGGAAGAGACACUCCCUGCUUGGGGGCCUUUGGGCUGUGAGUCACGAAUGUUACAGGCCCAUAACAGCAUCUGGGCUUCCAGUGGGAGGGAGAAAGAUGUGACAACCUCAACAAUAUUAGGAACUUCUUCACCUCUGAUCAGCAGCAGUCCCUCACAGAUUUCUCACGUGCACUUUGCUGGGGAAAGUACUGUAAGAGGAAUGUUGAUUUCUCUGUGGGAUUGCGGCUGAAUGAAGCACUGGGAGGACAGGUCUUAUUUCACAUGCUGUUAGAAACUAAAUCUCUUAGAAUUAGAGGAGCAGGAGAUGGGAGAGAUCUGUGGUCACCUUGUUCUCCCAAGUGCUGGAACAGAUUUGCUCUUGGAAGCUGCACGCUCCCAUUCAGUGUGAAGUGACUCAACACGGCAAAUGCCUCGCUGUAAGACUGGGCCGAUUUUGGCCAUUGGGAUUUCUUUCCAAGUUAAUCCUCUCACCAGGAAUUUGCCUGCAGUUCACCUCACAAGCUGCUCAGCAGUUGCGUUUGUUUUCUUCUAGUGCCUUGUACCGUGAGAACAUCCAAAAGGUCCUUAGCAGGUAGUGUUGGCACGGAGUUGAGCUGUGGUUGUUUGCAGCUCCACCACGGCACUGAGCCGGCCUUGGACACACAAGAGCUGCGAGGAACAUGCUGCUUCCUGCAGUGCUGCCUGGCUCACCAGGUUCCUAGGACAGUCCCACUCUCAGGAUGCUCAUCCAGAGCUGCACAGCAUCAUUUUUGACAUGAAUGUUUUACGGUUGGGACUGGAAUAUAUAGUAUUUAAUUUGGGUUAAAGUUUCUCUUGUGAUGUAGAAACUGUAACUGUGGCAUUUUGCUGUGUUGCCUGAGUGGAUCUUUUGCAGCUGCUGUUUCCUGAAAGCAUCCGAGCACAACACGCACAGUGUGUGCCUACCUUUAAGACAAGGUACAUUAAAUAUUUUGUUAUGCAGUG